AUGGUCAUGACCAUAGCAAAGGUUUCUACAGCAGUUGUGUCCUGUGCAACUGCUUUGAUGCUUGUUCAUAUCAUCCCCGACUUGUUGAGCGUGAAAACUAGGGAGUUGUUCCUGAAGAAUAAAGCCGAAGAACUUGAUAGAGAGAUGGGACUGAUAAGGACGCAGGAGGAGACUGGUAGACAUGUUAGGAUGCUCACACAUGAAAUCAGAAGUACUCUUGAUAGACAUACAAUUUUGAAGACUACUCUUGUUGAGCUAGGAAGGACCUUGGGCCUGGAAGAAUGUGCAUUGUGGAUGCCAUCUCGAAGUGGUUCAAGCCUUCAGCUUUCUCAUACUGCGCCACCAGAUUACUGUCGGAUCAUCGGGCGAUAUGUUCCGCCAGAAGUGGCUGCAGUCCGCGUACCUCUUCUACACCUUUCAAACUUCCAAAUAAAUGAUUGGCCUGAGCUUUCAGCGAAAAGCUUUGCAAUCAUGGUUUUGAUGCUUCCAUCUGAUAGUGCAAGGAAAUGGCAUGUGCAUGAAUUGGAGCUUGUUGAGGUCGUUGCUGAUCAGGUAGCAGUUGCACUAUCUCAUGCGGCUAUUCUUGAAGAGUCCAUGAGAGCACGUGAUUUACUAAUGGAGCAGAAUGUUGCCUUGGAUUUAGCUCAAGAGAGGCUGAGAUGGCUAUCCGUGCUCCUUACUCCUGAGCAGCGUCUAAUGGUGGAAACAGUACUGAAAAGCAGCAAUCUGUUAGCAACACUCAUCAAUGAUGUGCUGGAUCUUUCCAAGCUCGAGGAUGGAAGCCUUGAAUUGGAGAUUAAAGCAUUCAAUCUUCAUGCUGUUUUCAAAGAAGUGAUGAGUUUCAUUAAACCAAUUGCAUCUAUCAAGAGGCUAUCUGUAUCGGUUAUGUUGGCACCAGAUUUGCCGUUAUGUGCUAUUGGUGAUGAAAAGAGACUCAUGCAAACUAUUCUGAACAUCUCUGGCAACGCUGUAAAGUUUACCAAGGAGGGACACAUCACGCUUGUAGCUUCCAUUGUGAAGGCUGACUCUUUGAGAGAGUUCAGAACCCCAGAAUUUCAUCCAACUGCAAGUGAUGACCAUUUCUAUUUGAAAGUUCAGGUAAAAGAUACAGGCUGUGGAAUUGGUCCUCAGGAUGUACCUCAUGUAUUUACAAAGUUUGCUCAUCCUGGAGGAAACCGAGGGUUGAAUGGUAGUGGUCUUGGCCUUGCCAUCUGCAAGAGGUUUGUUAGUCUCAUGGGAGGGCACAUCUGGAUCGACAGCGAAGGAACCGGAAGAGGUUGCACGGCAACAUUCGUCGUCAAGCUCGGUGUGUGUGACAACACAAACACCUACCAGCAGCAGGUGACCCCUCUAGUCUGGCCAAGCAGCGCAGACUCGGAUUUGUCUGCUCCGUCUGCUCCGAAAGUGCUUCCUGACGGGAGAGGAUCUACUUCCCUGAAGUCUCGGUACCAAAGAAGCGUAUGA